UAAAAAAAUAAAAUAAAAUAACGGUGUCAUUUUGCCACAUUGCGUUCCGGUGGUUGGGAAAUAACCAUUUUUUUCGGUGUCGAAUUCUGAAACAAACAGAAACAAUGGAUUCUGCCGUGGAUUUCCCGCCAAUAUCGGUUCGUUGCGGUUCUGUUCUUCUGUCUUCUCAAACACACCGAACACGUCUAGCUCUUCUUCUCUCCCCCACCUCCCUCUCUCUCUUCUUUUAUGUUUCUGAUCCUUCCGAUCCGUCCCUUCUCUUCUUAAGGUUUCAACUCCAAAUGGCUGACGAUUCUGUUGCUUCCGACAAGGCUCCGGAAAAUGAGGGUGGUGAUUCUGGGAAAGUAGUAUUUUUGCAUGGAGAAUUGGAUAUAUGUAUUAUAGAAGCAAAAUCUCUUCCAAACAUGGAUUUAGCUUCAGAAAGAAUGAGAAAAUGUUUUACUAUGUUUGGGCCUUGUGGAUCUCCCUCUGAAGCAAAAAGUAAAAGUUCAGGCAGGCAUUCAGGUCGGCAUUCAAUUAUUACAAGUGACCCUUAUGUGUCUGUUUGCCUAGGCGGUGCUACUGUAGCUCAAACUAGAGUAAUCGCUAACUCUGAAAACCCUUUAUGGGACGAGCAUUUUCGUGUACCGGUUGCUCACCCCGUAAAAAAAGUUCAAUUUGAGGUCAAGGAUAAUGAUCUUCUCGGGGCUCAGCUUAUUGGAGUGGUUGAGAUAUGUGCAGAUAAAAUCAGCUUGGGAAAUACUAUCAAUGGUUGGUUCCCCAUAGUUGGAUCUUACGGGAAUCCCUUGAAACCAUUUCCUGAAUUGCAUUUUUCUGUUCAAUUUUUUCCUUUUGGAGAGAACUCUUUACAUAAGGAUGGCGUUGGUGCUGGGCCAGAUCAUGUUGGAGUGCCAAAUACAUAUUUUCCUCUCCGCAAAGGAGGCAGUGUGACUCUUUAUCAGGACGCUCAUGUGCCCGAUGCAAUGCUUCCUGAAAUAUUGCUCGAUGGUGGAAAAGUUUUCCAGCAAAACAAAUGCUGGGAGGAUAUUUGUCAUGCCAUAUUGGAAGCUCACCACGUGAUUUAUAUUGUUGGUUGGUCUGUAUUUCACCGGGUAAAGCUUGUGAGGGAGCCAACGAGACCAUUGCCUCCUGGAGGAGAGCUUUGCCUUGGAGAUUUGUUAAAAUACAAGUCACAAGAAGGGGUUCGUGUGGUUCUGCUUAUUUGGGAUGAUAAAACUUCACAUGACAAAUUUCUUCUGAAAACGGAAGGUUUCAUGCAGACUCAUGAUGAAGAAACCAGAAAAUUUUUCAGACACUCGAGUGUCCAUUGUGUGCUUUGUCCUCGUUAUGCCAGCAAUAAGCUUAGUAUUUUCAAGCAACAGGUAGUGGGAACCCUUUUUACACAUCAUCAGAAGUGUGUGAUUCUUGACACUCAAGCUACUGGGAAUAAUCGGAAAAUCACUGCUUUCAUUGGUGGUUUGGAUUUAUGCGAUGGCCGGUAUGAUACUCCUGAGCAUAGGCUGUUUCGCGGAAUUGACACUGUCUUUGCAGAUGAUUUCCACAAUCCCACAUUUUCAUCUCGUUCCCGCGGUCCAAGGGAACCAUGGCAUGAUUUACACUGCAAGAUUGAAGGUCCUGCGGCUUAUGAUAUAAUGAUGAAUUUUGAACAAAGAUGGAGGAAAGCCUCAAAAUGGCGUAAUUUCAAACUCAAAAAGGUUGCAUAUUGGCAUGAUGAUGCAUUGAUAAAGCUGGACCGGAUUUCAUGGAUACUCAGUCCCUCUAGUCCUGAUGGUAACAAUGCUGUACGUGUUACUGAUGAAGAAGAUCCUGAGAAUUGGCAUGUCCAGGUUUUUCGGUCAAUUGAUUCAGGAUCUGUACAUGGAUUUCCGAAGGAUGUUAAGGAAGCCGAGGCACAGAACCUUGUAUGCGGAAAGAAUAUGCAAAUAGACAAGAGCAUACACACUGCAUAUGUAAAUGCAAUCAGAUCAGCACAGCACUUCAUAUACAUAGAGAACCAGUAUUUUCUUGGAUCUUCAUAUUACUGGCCAUCAUACAAAAAUGCAGGUGCCGAUAACCUGGUUCCUAUGGAACUUGCGUUGAAAAUUGCCAGCAAAAUCAGCGCAAACGAACGUUUCUCUGUCUAUAUAGUAAUUCCAAUGUAUCCAGAGGGUGUCCCCACUAGCUCUGCUACGCAAGAAAUUCUUUUUUGGCAGGGGCAGACAAUGGCUAUGAUGUACAAAAUCAUUGCAGAGGCUCUUGAAAAGGAAGGUCUAUCUGAUAAGUAUCACCCACAGGAUUAUUUGAACUUCUAUUGCCUUGGAAAGCGUGAAGCUUCAUCUCCGGAAAAUCCACAAACUAAUCAGCCUCCUGAAAACAGUGCAUUGAGAUUAGCUGAAAAGUACCGGAGAUUUAUGAUCUAUGUCCAUGCCAAAGGGAUGAUAGUUGACGAUGAGUAUGUGAUAAUAGGAUCUGCAAACAUAAAUCAGAGGUCUUUAGAUGGUUCAAGGGAUACAGAAAUUGCUAUGGGUGCUUAUCAACCAAAUUACACAUGGGCAGGAAAGAAGAGGCAUCCACGUGGACAGGUGUACGGGUAUCGGAUGUCUCUUUGGGCUGAACACCUUGGCAUCCUUGAAGAUUCUUUCCACGAACCAGAAACUCUCAAAUGCGUUAAACACGUCAAUGAGAUUGCCAAGAAAAACUGGAAGGCGUACGUGGAAGAGGAGAACACGGAAAUGACAGGACAUUUGAUGCGAUAUCCAGUCCAGGUAAGUAUACAUGGAAAAAUCAGUGCAUUGCCGGGUUAUGAAUGCUUUCCUGAUGUUGGAGGUAAGAUUCUUGGAGCGCCCACCAAUCUUCCCGAUGCCCUAACAACCUAAUGUUUUCAUCAGAGAACACAGUUGGAGGGUAAAAUUUAAAUGAAGCACAAGUAUGAUCAAGUCAUGUAUAUUGUGUCGAAAUGGAACUGUCAAAUUUUUUAUUGGAUAUAGGAACUGAGAAUAGGAGUGCUACCAAGAAUGAUCCAAUUAUGUAUAUUGUGUACAUUUGAUUUGUUGAAUUUAUGCUUUUUACACGGUUGAUAUGAUCAACCAUAUGAAGUUGUCAUGUCAGCAAAUGCUUGAAAAUGUUUAGAUGUAAAUUUCAGCGCGAUAGCGUAACAAAAGAUUCUGUAAUCCCAUUGUUUUGUGAAUCCCCAUGAUUUGCAAAUUGAACAAUAACUCAU